GGAAAUGUGUAUCUCCUUUACAUAUAGAAGGGAAAUAAAAAGUUUGAAGAACAAGCCAUGCUCACUCGUUUAUGCAUUCAUUGGCUGUGAGUGUUUUCAUAUCCUAAAAGCUGAGCCCAGCCGUUGUGACAGACCGGGUAUUACUAUCUGCCUUUUCUUCUCAGACCCUCUGCUUCAGGGGAUCAAGGAGGGAGUAGUUGGCAUAGGGAUUGGCAUAGGAACGAUACUUCUCCACUGAGAGCUUUUGUAUGUUGUUUUUCAGAAUAUGUGAAUGCAUAACUAAGCAAAAAAAUUUUCUUUUAAAUUUUAACCCACCACCCACUGGAACUAGUCUUUUAGAUAUUGCCGAUCUGAGCCGUCUGCUGAUCUCCGCCUCGUGGUCUGCUUGGUUUAUUAGGAAUCUUCAAAAAUCCAUCUCGACUCUUUGGCGGCAGGAGCCCAUGAUGCUGCCCAAGCCUGGGAUCUAUUACUUCCCCUGGGAGGUCAGUGCUGGCCAAGUUCCUGACGGGGGCACACUGAGAACUUUCGGCAGGUUGUGCCUCUAUGACAUGACCCGGUCCCGAGUCACCCUGAUGGCUCAGCAUGGAUCUGACCAGCACCAGGUCCUUGUCUGCACCAAGCUGGUGGAGCCGUUCCAAGCCCAGGUGGGCUCCCUGUACCUUGUCAUCGGGGAGCUUGGGCACCAGCAGGACGGCGGUUCCGUGGUGAAGGCCCGGGUGCUGACCUGCGUGGAAGGAACGAAUCUUCCCUUGUUAGAACAAGCCAUCCAAGAGCAGAGGGCGUACCAGCGUGAGAGGGACAGCCGCCACUAGGACACGGCGGCUCCUGGGGACCCCCACCCAACCUACUGGCGCCACGCCUACUGGAGACCUGGGAGCUGCUGCAGAGAAGACUCGGGGACCAGGGGCUUCCUCUGAGUGACAGCGGUUUCUGGAGCCCGAGAGAAGAGGGGAGGGGUUGUCCAAGAAACGGGAGCAUAGAGAGCAGGCGCCAAAGCCUGACACCCCCCACCCCCACCCCCACCCCAGGAGACCGCAGGAAGCCGAGCUCUGGGGUGCUGGCGGCUGUGCCUCCUGUCGGGUAAUGGAGAGUUCCAGAAGGUCCUGGUGAAUAAAGCCCCAGUGGCAAGA